AAGGAGCGGCCCAGGACAGAUAUAGGAGAAGGACUGUAGGGCCGGAUCCUGCUCACACCUACCGGUAGUGUGAGCAGGACAGGAAAGGGAAUACAGAACUAGGAAAGGAAGCAGGGAGAGAGAGAGAGUUGUUAUUAAAGUGGCUGAGAGGAACUGAUGGGAUGGCAUUGAUCUCUGGGAGCUGCCGGCUCUUGGGCGAGAUGGCGUCUUGUUGCUGCAGACCCUUCCUCAACUCGCCCUGCUGUCGACCACUCAUCAAAGUCUGCCUCUCCUCCUUCACAGACAUCUCUCCCGCUGAGCUGGAUGCUCUUUGGAGGGAGCCGCCGUACGGUCUUGGAGGAACAAGUGAGCACUUCUCAGGGACUACCAUCAUGACUCAAGGUGAGGAAGAGGAUGGCCGAAUUGGCGAUCCAGGAGAGGAAGAGGAACAUGACAACUACUGGAAGAAGAAAGAGGCCUUCCUCAGGGGAAGUAAAAUUUCAGUCGGGGAGAAAUUCUCUUCAGAAAUUGUGCUGCUGUUUACGGGCCGGAGGCGUUCCAGUGAAGAUCCCGACCAGUCCCUGCAGGAGGCGCUGCGCACACGCCUCCGAGUUGUAGAGAGCAACAGCAAGGACAUCACGCAGCUCUUCAAAGACCUUUCUGCUCGUCUAGUCUCUGUCCAUGCUGAGAAGGACAGCUUUGUCCUCACAUUUAAGACGGUGGAGGAAGUCUGGAAGUUUUCAACCUACCUCUCAUUAGGUUAUGUCGCUCGAUGCUUGGAGAACUUCCUGUGUGACCAGUCUUUCUGGCUGGAUCCUGAGCUGCUUAGCGAGCUGGAGAUCAGUGUCACUGUAGACGAGGAGCAUCUAGCCACCCUCUAUCUGGGACUUCUGCUCCAAGAAGGAUCUUUUUUCGCGAAGGCUUUGUUCACCAGGAGUGAAGAGGAUGAGGAUAAUGAAGAGCAGCUGUCGUUUAAAAAGAACGACCUGCUGAUGGUGAGGGACACGGGACAGGACAGCAGCUGGGAGGGCACCAUGCUCUCCACUGGAAAACACGGCCAGGUGCCCGUCGACGCCAUGCAGCCGCUGCCCUACCCCUUCUACCAGUGGUUCCUCAGGAAGUAUCCAGGCCAUGCUGGAUGCUCACCAGUAGAAAAGGAACUGUUUGAAAAUGAAAUUGUGACCGGUUCGUGUGAAGCCAUCGUGGACUACAGUCCAGCCGGGCCAGAUGAGCUGCAGCUGAACCAAGGCGACGCUGUGGAGAUCCAGGGCCUGCUGCUCCGCGGACUCACCGUCUUCAUAGGAAGACACGCAUCCACAGGACGCACUGGAUUCGUUCACAGAGCCCAUGUCAAGCCUCUGAACACCACACCUCUAAACAGACAACUGGUGUUUCUCACUGAGGAGGAGAAGGCCAGCCUGGCUCGGGUGAACGCAUACAGCUCACAGCCAAGUGACAGCUGCCUGUUGGAGAGACUCUUCUCGUCAGACAUCAGUUCUGUGUACAGAUUAGACAGAUUAGACGAGGCUGACUUUAUGUACAUCCGGAAUCGGCCCAAACACGAUCUGAAGGGUCUUUCCAGCGCCCGUCAGAGCCUGAUGUCUGAAAGAAGUGAGGGGACGACGCUGUACCAGUCCUCCCCUCGUGCCUCUGUCUCUUACUCCUCACCUCGCGCCUCCUUCCAUCAUUCCCAUAAUCCUCUGCCUGGAGAGGGAGAACGCAUCUCCUUCAACCUGGAGGACACGUUUAAAGAGCUGGAUGAGUUUCAGGAGGAUCCUCCUCUAUUGGUGGAAGAAAACAGCUGGGAGGGGGACGAGUCAGAGCUCAGCGACCCAACACUGACUCUGUUUAACCAGGAACACUUCCAAGAUGACUUCCUGCCCUUAUAUGACCUAGACUAUUCCUUCCUGUGGGUGACUUUCAGUGGGAAGAACGAAGAUGAGCUGUCCGGACACCUUGAGAGCGUCAGGGAGUGUGCCAAGAGACUGGGCAUGCACUGGGCGCAUCGGCGUGCGUGCUUUGUGCUGGGCAGACUUUGUGCCAGAAAGCUUAAGUUUUCCCAGGCCCGUGUAUACUAUGAAGAAGCUCUGGGUGUCUCUGUUGACAGUUUCUCUGAUGUCCCACUGCUCGUGGCUCUCUUCACAAACCUCACUGCCAUCUACCUUAAGCAGCGUAUGAAUGACAAACUGCCCCAAACCCUGGAGAAGGCUGGUGCCCUGAUACUCUGUCUUCCCCGACAUGCCUUCACGUCCACAGAUGAAGUGGAACUCCUGAAGCUUCUGCUGAGGAGAUCCGUCGUAUUGGGGGACAAACUUUUGGAGGCUCGCGUCUGCUACCUCAUUUCUAGCCUCUUUUUACUUCUUAAGAAGACUGAGGAUGCACUACCUUUCUUAGAAAGACUUCAGUUUCUUAAUGUAACAUUAUCGGCCGCUGAAGGGGGACCGAUUGCACCUUUGGACCUUAACUGGCUCUUGAGCUGGCUCUAUCAUCGUAAAUACAUGCCUCACUUGGCUCUGGCUUCCCUAAGCCUGGACUCAAGAGAAGACCAUUCACUUCAGCAUGCCUUCCAGAGGAUCGAGUUGUUCAUCAGGAACUCUGUCCGUCUGAAUCCGAGCUGGAAAGAAGGAACCUCCCUUCUUCCUGCGCAAAUAGUGGUUUACCUCCAACAGGCCUUAGCUGUAGCUGAGCAGAGUGAUGAUAUAAAGAUGCAGAGGGACCUUUGUUUGGGUUUGGCAUUGACCUACCAGCAAUAUGGCGCACUGGAUAAAGCUGUACGCUGCGCUCAACAAGCUGUGGAGACAGGAAGUCAUAUCAAUGAAGAAGAUGGCUUUGAGGCAUCAGUGCUACUUGGUUGGCUGCUGGUGUUGACAGGUCAGGCUGAAAGAGCUCAAAAUAUUUUACAGCCGCUGCUCACAUCACUACAGAGCACGGAUAGUCCCACUCAGCGAGGAGUCAUCCAUAAUCUGUUAGCUUUAUGCCUGAGGCAUCAGAAUCGGGUCCGAGAGGCAGGCUGGCACCUCCACUCUGCCCUGCUGAUCUCCAAAGAGAGCGGAAACCAAAGGAACCAGGCUCUGGCACUGGCUAACCUGGGCUGCCUCGCUCUGGAUGCUGGAGCAUCCCUCCUCGCAGAGCGAUUCCUGGUUAGGUCCCUGUGUCUUUUUCUGGAUCUUUGGGAGAGUCCAACAGAUGAGGAACACGUUCAGGCCUAUCUUUGGCUUGGGCGGAGCUACAAGGACAGAGGAAAGAGUCAGGACAUCAGGGCAUGCUAUGAGAUGGGGUUGCUAAUUGCACUGCAUGCCAGAAAUUUGCAUAGUCAGAUGGUUGUAGCCAAGCUUCUGAGUCUGCUCUAUGCUGACAUGCUGCUCUACGGUCAGAGCAUCGUUUACUACGAACACUGCGUCUCAGUUUCCAGAGAGCUAAAGGACAAGAGACGGGAGGGAGAGUAUCUGGAAAAACUCAGCAGUCUCUACCUCUCACUCAACACAGAGAAAUCAUCUCGUAAGUCUCUUGACUACACCAAGCAGAGCCUGAGGAUUUCUAUUGACUUGGGAAAGAGAGAGGAAGAGUCUGAGACGUGGCUGCAGGUGGGACGCAUCUAUUACCUCAUCCAAGAGGACGAGCUGGCGGACAUGUACCUGCAGGUAAGACUCAUCCCGCUUCCUGAAACGUGGUGUUUUAUUGUCUGGUUCUCUUCACCGUUUUCAGUCCCACUCUUUGGUUCUCAGGAUGGGAGUCUGCCGUUUGCUCGGAGCAUCAAAGACGUCCAUUCAGAGUUCCGUUUGUUGGGGAAAUUAACCGAGCUCCUAACGAAGCAAGGAGAGCAGGAGGAAGCUCUGCAGUACGCCACACUGGCUGUUGAAAUAGCUAACCAAACAGGAGUUCGUGAAAAUGAGAGGACAGCAUAUCAUCGCUUGGCCACUAUUUAUUACAACCUGCAGCAGUAUGAGAUGGCAGAAAACUACUACCUGAAGUCCCUGUCCCUGUGUCCACCUACUCUGCAGAAUCCUGCAGAAGCGCAGUAUUACACUAAAGUCUACUGCAGGCUGGGGAACCUGACGCUACACGAACUCAAGGAUGCUUUCGAUGCAGUGGGGUACUUCCAUUUGGCUCUGGCAGCUGCUCUUGAGGACCGAGCUCAUCCCGAAGCGCUUUAUGUGGUGUACAUGAAGCUGGCGGAGAUACACGGCAGCCACAUGCCUGAUGCUCAGUUAUGCCAACUUUAUAGAGACAAAGCUCAGAGUCUGCAGAGGGUUUUGGCCGGAGUGGAAAACUCUGCAGACACAAGUCCCAAAAUAUUAAAUGUCGAUACGAGUUUGCUUGAAGGACGCUCUUCGGCUGAUCUUGAAGACAGGGAAGACACGGAGGAUCAGAGUCAGUGCUUUGCAGACACAGACACCAUCGUGAGUCAGUCCUAUAGCGACAGCGUCAUCACAGGGUCCUUCGAUACAGCUAAGGAGAACAUUUCAGACUCCAGCAGCUCCACCGGCACGUACCAGAAUCCCACCGAAGGGAAGGAUUCAGAGUUGGACUCUGAGCACAGCAUGCCCAGUCAAAUCCCUGCAAAUCCUAACAGUGAGUUCACGGACGCCAGAGAUACAGAUACGGACGAUCAAGACGAGCAAAACACCCCGACCGAAGAAACAGCUGAUCCAAUUAAAGCAGACUGUGUGAAGGAUUCUGUCUCCAUGAACAAUGAGAAAGCUGCAAAUAAGGAUGAUGCACAGAGACACGGGGAGGGACUCAGUGAUGCACACAACGGGAACGCAGACGUUGACACGUAGCAUUCCUCUCUCUAGCCGAAGGUUUUAGAGUAAACUGAUCCAAACGUUCCAGCCAACAUUGGCCUUUUUUAUUUGAGUGUGAUGUGGAUACUGUAAAUCAAUCAGAACACACUGGAAACAAUCUAAAUAAGUCUUUUUUUUUCUUAAAAUAAGUGCAUUUGUUCUUGAAUUGAGAAGGCAAGUGAGACACUUUGCCUUUGGAACAAGUCUUAUUUAAAUUGCAUAUAAUCCAAUUAUCUAAUUUGAAGAGAAAAAAAUACCCAUUCCAUUUGCAAAUCAUCUUAUUUACCGCCUCAAAUUAAGGGUAAAAACACUUAAUUUAAGAAAUGUUGACUUAUUGCUAGAUCGUUUUUGCAGUGCAUGGCCUGUUUCUCUGAUCUAAACUGCAGUUAUAACAUGUUUUCUACAUUGCUGAAUAAUGUACACAUUAAAAUAAAUCUUAUUUUGGUUGCUCAGAUUUUAUUGUGUGUUUGCAAUUAUCUUGAAAUUUGCUUAAAGAGAAAUAAUACAACAUCUA